GAAACACCAAAAUAAAUGUAACCCUGUACAUACGUAUUUAUCGCAUUCUGCUGGUUUUGGAGCCUUCAACACCAGUGACGUCGGAGUGAAUUCCAGGUCGCGAAGGAAUGAUUCGGGUACACAUCUCAUCAUCGUCAUCCAUCACCGCCGCCCAUCAUUUGCCACCGCCGCUGGAUGGCGCAUCAAACGAACCUGUUUCCGGAGGCUGUCGCUCAGACGAUAAAUGGACAUCUCUCUGUUACAUUAAUUGGCUAGCCGUAUGGGCCUAAGUAUGUACACACUCUACCCUACGAGUGUGUGGUCGAUGGGUCCAACUGCGACCCGGGCGGACGCUCGUUAGUUCCCCCGGAAAUAAGCUCGGGGGUGGAGAUUUCCGGGAACCGGGAGCUAGAACCGCUGGGGGAGUUUGUUGAGGAGCAGGCAUCCAGCGAACCUGAAUCGAUCUAGGUGAGAGACGCUGACGCUCCGAGCCGGCGGAAGAUAUCCGAUAUUUGUUAGGAGAUUGUACAUGAGAAUUUGGACAUUUGUCAACUCACAGUAAGCCACAGCACUCAAGAUGAUAUUUUGAGCGGGUACUGUUGACGUUCCGGACUCUGUUUCGGAUUCUACAGUA